CGUUAGCAAAGUGUGUGUGUGUGUGUGUGUGUGUGUGUGUGACGUUACGUCACGUCGACUGUAAUGGGUUCGCCGCGCGCGUUGCUUGCUGUGGCACUAUUGAUCAAAAGCCCUAUGAGACGCAGGAGAACCGGCAGCGCGGCACAUGGCCUGAUGACAUCAUGCUCCAGUAUCACUCCCCUCCCUCCCUAGCCCUUUCUUUUCUCUUUUCCCUCUUUCUCAGUUUCUUCCCUCACUCAUUUCUCUCCCCUUCUCUUUCUCAAACCCCUCUUCGCUGGAGCUCACCUCAUGACCCGUGUUACCACCUGGAUGGGCGUGCACGCCACUGCCUGUCUGAUUUUAUUAACGCUGCCUAUGGUGUGCCUGUAAAGGCUGAAGACCUGCAUCAAGGGACUGAGAGAAACAUCAGCACGCUGACUGACCUUCAUAAUCCCCAUAAUCUGACCUGCUGGAAAGCUUCAGAAGGUUCAGUCACUGGGGAUUGGACUUUUACUGUUCCGCUAGGCAGACGCUUUGAGGUGACAUACAUCAGCUUACAAUUCUGCCAGCAGGUGGAGCCCACUGAUCCUUUCUCCAUUUCUAUCCUAAAGUCAAUGGACUACGGUCGUAGCUGGCGUCCCCUGCAGUUCUACUCCAGCGACUGUAUGGGGAGAUUCGGCCUUCCUGCUCAGUCUUUCGCUCUUAGCCGACACCAGGAGACUGAGAGUCUGUGCUCGGAUCCAAGGCCCUUGCAGAAACACCGUGGUGGGGUUGUUUUGGCUUUUUCCACUCUAGAUGGACGUCCUUCCUCCUCUGAUUUCGAAUACAGUCCUGGUCUCCAGGACUGGGUGACUGCCACAGAUAUCAGGAUAGUGUUUCAUCAAUUACAGGGAAAAUCAGUCAAGCAAGACAAUAAGCAAUAUGAAGUGGGCGGGGUUCUUAAAUGGCCAGUGAGGUCAUUUGAUGAAGUGACUCAAGAUGAAAAGCGAAGAGUAGAGAAUGAAUGGAUUAAAAGUACUGAAAUAAGGAGACCCAGGAAAGAAGAAAAACUAGAAAAAUUAUCAAGAAGAAAUCGCAACAAGAAUUCCUCACAAGAAACUGGACACAAUGUGACCCGCAAACAGAUUGAGACUCUAGAAAUCAGAGGAAAAGGACGAGCCCAUAAGAAGGACGUACCUCAGUGGAAGCCAUGCCAGGAUGGUGUGUGUGAUUGGAUGAUAGAAAAUCAGGGGCAAGGUUCUAAAAGGAAGGAGUUAAGGAAGCGGCGAAACAAUGCAAGACAUGAAAGAUCUCGUUCCAGAUUAAGAAAUAAAGUUCCCCAUCACCACACACCAUCCUCACUCUCGACCCCGCACAGACUUCCUCUUGCUCUCUCUGACAUCCAGGUGGGUGGCAGGUGCAAAUGUAAUGGCCAUGCGUCCCGAUGUCGGCGUGAUGACAAAGGCCAUGCAGUAUGUCAAUGUGAACAUCAUACAGCUGGACCAGACUGCGAUGUAUGUGAGCCGUUUUAUUAUGAUCGGCCAUGGCAACGAGCUACGCCCACCCAGCCACACCCGUGCGUCCCAUGUCAGUGUAAUGGCCACUCCAAUAAGUGCAGGUUCAGUAUGACACUGUUCCAGGAAUCUGGCCGGGUCAGUGGAGGAGUGUGUUUAAAGUGCAGACACCAUACAACUGGACGCCACUGUCAAUUGUGUCAGAACGGAUACACACGUGACCACAGCAAGCCCCUCAACCAUCGCAAGGCCUGCCAACCCUGUCAGUGCCAUCCUCUAGGCGCAGUGGGCCGAUGGUGUAAUCAGUCCACAGGCCAAUGUCUCUGCAGGGAGGGAGUUACAGGACAAAGAUGUAACCGUUGUGCCCCUGGAUACAAACACGGCCACUCACCCCUCCGGCCUUGCAUUCGCAUCCCAGAAGCUGCUCCAACCCCAGUAUACCAGCCCCAGUAUAGCAUAGACGAGGAGUGCCUCUCUUAUUGCCAGCCUUCUCUAGCAAAAGUCAAAAUGAAUUUAGAGACAUUCUGCCUCAAAGAUUAUGUGCUAAAGGUUCAGGUUAAAGCUAAGGAGCGCUCUGGUCCCUGGUGGCAGUUCACCGUGUGGGUGCAGUCUGUUUUCCGUGUUGGAUUGUCUCAAGUUAAAAGAGGUCUCCAAACCCUCUGGAUUCCUGAUCGUGAUGUCAGCUGCGGUUGCCCCACCCUCCAAGUGGGUAGGACAUUCCUCUUAAUUGGUGCAGAGGAAAACAGGAGGGGCUGGGCCCCAGGAGAGAGGCGACUGGUUGCAGAUCGCUCCACCAUGGCCCUGCAGUGGCGAGAACAUUGGAAUCCCAAACUAAGGGGAUUUCGUGGCCAGGACAAUAGGGGAAAGUGCCGUCCACACACAAACUCCACAACGCGGACACAAUCCCUUCUACACACACAUGACGAAUACAUCCCACCACAUCUUGAGAACUUCCAGUCUCAAAGGCUGCAUACUUACCAUCAGAUAUCUACAAAGUCUGAAGAAACUGUCCACACACCCUCACACAACAAUGCGCCCAACAGACAUGAAGAUAGUACAGACACACAGGACAUACAAAGACAGCUUGAUUAUGACAGAGACAAAUUCAAGAAUGUUGAUACCCAGAAAUUGAUGCAGGAAACACAGCAUCCUCCAUCUGAUGCGUCAUUAAAAACUAGCCCAUCUAAUGAGCCUCAACAGUUCCACACGACCAGUUUGCCUACAUCUUCACCAGUGCUUUCUGUAACACAUGGACAGAAGGAAGAAAGCUCAACGGUAACAGAGAGUACCCGUUAAACAACUAAUAACUAUGAUGGAGUUAGUUAUGCAGUACAAAUUGUCAGUUUGGCUCUUUACUAGAAACAUCAUCAUUACCCCAGUCCUAAAAACUGGAAUACACAUUAACACACGGGUUUAGCUUAACAUAAAUAUAGUGAUAUUUGGUUGAUUAAUUAAGAAUCAGCAUUAAUAUUUGCCUGUGUUUUAAAGCAUAUGUUAGACUGACAGAAUUUGGUGUGAUACUUGAUUUUAUACCAAAGUGCUGUUAAAUUCAUCAACACGUUUUGUCAAAAGGUGUUCCAUCGUUUUCUAUAACAGCAGCUCUGACAAUUAUACUAUAAAAUAUCAUCUUUAAUUCAAACCACAGGUUUAUAUCCAUGUGUUCAUUUGAAAGCAUUAUCAUUUCACAGAACAGAAAAAUGUAUAAUUAGAUACGUUGGAGGAGAGUGCAUUUAACAUGAAUGGUGUUAGUGCUGUUUUAAACCAUGGGGCAAUCUUCAGCACUCUUACUCAUUAACACAAUAAGCUAUGUGAGUUUUUUUCUUAUUAACCUCAAGAAAGAGUGAGAGAGAAAAAGAGGUUGAUGAGAGAAUGACUGUUUAUAACUGCUAUAACGUAAGUUAUAACAAGAACUUACUUCUUUUGCAGACGUUCCACAACAUCCAUUGUAACCAAACUGAUGUGUAUAUAUAUAUAUAUAUAUAUAUAUAUAUAUAUAUAUAUAUAUAUACACUAAUUAAAUAUAUAUAUAUAUAUGUUCAAACUUAUUAGCACCCCACAAUUAGCCGCUAAAGUAGCUUUAUGUUCAUGCAGCAGUAGAGUCAAAAUUAGGAAGGGGAAGUUUGGGGAACUAAAUGGCUGUAGAGGUUAAAUUGAGAGUCUACCUAGAAUCCUCAAAUAGUCAUUGGGGAGGAGAAGUGCUUGUAACGGCUUGAUUAAAAUAUCUGCCGUGUGAAAGAAAUUUACUAAAGUCUAAACAGCAACUUUAAAAACAUUUCUGCCUUUUUCAUGUCUUAUCACCUGUGAAAUCUGUCCAGUUAUAUAGUUAUAUAACUAUAUAAGCUGGUAUGCACUAUAUUGAUUGAAUGUGCCGACUAAAAUUAUUUAUUGUAGCUGCCCCCAAAUAAAUGUAAACAUUUAAUAUAAAGAGUGUGUUAGUCCUUAAUACACUUGCAUGUUAAUAAAAUCUGUGUGUCUAAGAGCAAGCCCCAGAAACGUAAUACUUACAAUUCAAUAACAGAGACCUAUUGUACAUGACACAUUUAGAUAUAUAACACAUCUAGAGAAAUAUAGCUUAGAAUAAAAGCAGUUGUUCAACAGUUGUUGGCCUGACUCUGAGGUUGUCUUUUGUCCUUAAUGUCUAAGAAGACUGACACUGACGCUCCACUGUUCCAGCACACAGGGCCAAACAUGUGUGUGACUUGUUCAACAAGCCUGAUGGAAAACUGGGAUGCUCUGACUGGUCUACAAAAUCACUAGACUUCAAUCAUGAUUGAAAGGAAUAAUCUCAAAACACUUUUGACAACCUUACCUGACAGAAUUGAUGCUGUUAUUUAGGCAAGUAGAGGCGUAACCAAGCCUUAGGAAAGAAAAUUACAUGCCUGAGACGUUCCUUUGGUUGUAACUGAUCUUACAGAAGCUAUUCCUUCUCUCAUUAAAGUG